AUGACGGAAUAUUGGUUAAUAUCAGCCCCAGGGGAUAAAACCUGCCAGCAGACCUGGGAGACAGUGAACAACCUAACAUCAAAGCAGCACUCUCUGUCUGCAAACUACAAAUUCCACAUCCCAGACCUAAAAGUCGGGACUCUGGAUCAGCUAGUAGGGUUGUCAGACGACCUAGGCAAGUUAGACACCUUCGUCGAGCAGGUAACGCGCAAAGUCGCCGUCUACUUAGGCGAAGUCCUCGAGGACCAACGUGACAAGCUCCACGAAAAUCUAAUGGCCAACAACAGUCAGACAUCAAUGGACGAAGAAAGCCCAAGCCCCGAAGUACCUACGAUCGGGACGCCGCCAAACACACCCGUGACGCCAAUGUCGAAGGUGCGUGACCACCAGAACCACAACCACCACCAUCACCAUCACCACCACCACCAUAACCAUCACACUGACUCGCCGAAGCUCUGGAAGGAGACGGACUCGGGGCCAGCCAGCCUAGGUCAGCAUCACCAGCACUUCCACUUCUCCCCCACCACUACUACCACUUCCAGCUCCUUUUUCUGCUCCUCUCAUGAUAAGAAAAAAUCCGUUAGUACCAGUAGCAGCGACAAUACCAAUAAAUCAACUUCAAACGAGUCUUCAUCUAUUUAUUCAUGCUACCAAGUCCAUUGGUGUGCUAAUUCCGCUUCAUCAUCGCCCUCACCCCCACUCUUACCAUCCACCGCGUCUCCGCUGUCUCCAACCUGGUCAGUCUCGUCUGUCAGCGACCAUGAGGAUGCCUUUGUGUCUAGCAAAAAAAUUACCGAUGGGAAAAUUACCGGCGGAAAAGUUACCGACCGUCGGUCCAAGAAAUCCUUCAGGAGGAAGUCUUCUAAGAGGAAGAGUGCCAAAGCUGAGGACAAUCACUGUGCUAAGGAAGAUCAACACCUGGACGAUGAGGUUCAGGAAAAUACUGCCGAUAAAGAAGAGUGUGAUGUUGAUAAAGAAGAGCUGGAUGAUGAUGAUGAUGUUGAUGAUGAUGAUGAUGAUUUUGGGGGCAUUCUUUAUCCAGGUGAUUUGCCGACUUACAUAACACGUUUCCAGUGGGACAUGGCCAAGUAUCCGAUAAAACAGUCUCUGAGAAAUAUUGCUGACAUUAUUGGCAAACAAGUUGGUCAGAUAGACGCUGAUUUGAAAACUAAGUCCACUACUUACAAUAAUUUGAAGGGAAGUCUUCAGAAUCUUGAGAAGAAACAAACAGGAAGUUUGUUAACUCGCAACCUGGCAGAUCUGGUGAAAAAGGAGCACUUUAUUCUGGACAGCGAGUACCUGUCAACUCUGCUGGUGAUCGUGCCAAAGUCGAGCUUCCACGAGUGGCACGCCAUCUACGAGAAGCUGACGGACAUGAUUGUGCCCCGCAGCACGCAAUUGAUCACCCAGGACGCGGAGUACGGAUUAUUUACCGUAACUCUCUUCAAGAAGGUCAUCGAGGAGUUCAAGCUUCACGCGCGUGAAAAGAAGUUCAUUGUUCGUGACUUCACUUACAAUGAAGAGGAAUUGGCUGCUGGUAAAAACGAAAUUACCAAGCUUGUUACCGAUAAGAAGAAACAGUUUGGUCCUCUUGUUCGUUGGCUCAAGGUCAACUUUAGCGAGUGCUUUUGCGCUUGGAUUCAUGUUAAAGCAUUGCGUGUUUUUGUUGAAUCUGUUUUAAGAUACGGGCUACCAGUAAAUUUCCAAGCAAUUUUAUUACACCCUAAUAAAAAAACUACAAAACGACUGCGCGACGUUUUAAAUCAACUUUACGCUCAUUUGGAUUCUUCAGCAGCUUCUGGUGGACAUUCUGCUAAUCAAGAUAGUGUAGAUAUUCCUGGACUAGGUUUUGGCCAGAAUGAGUACUACCCUUACGUCUAUUAUAAAAUAAAUAUCGACAUGGUAGAUAGUAAGGUUUAA